CUGUUUGUUUUCCCUCCCGCAGCAAUGCCCCACUUUCUUUCUCCUCCAAAGUGUGUUAUAUAAAGUACCGAGAUCCAUCCAGUGUUGGUGUGGCGCAACAUCUAACCAAUACUGUUUUUAUUGACAGAGCUUUGAUAGUAGUUCCAUGUGCGGAAGAUGACUAGACUGGCCCAGCCGUUACACUACACUAGCCUGAGUCAGGCAUUGUUUUCCAAGCCACUAUCCCCGAUCGGGCCAACGCAGCCUUCAAGGGGGAAUGUGACCAGGAGAAUAGCCCGCUGAACCUUCCAAGAUGGACACCUUGUCUCUUUUUAUUUAUUUUUCUUUUCUUUUGGUUUGUUUCCUUUCAUACUCUCCCAUGUUGUCCACUCUCUACUGUCUCUAUCUAGAAACUACAGUAUUGCUUAUCUCUAGCGUUGUUUAUAUUUGUUAUUUUGGUUUGUUGUUUUGAUUAUUGUCCAACCCCCACCCCCCUCUCUUUCUCUGCUACAGCUGCAGCUUGUGUGUGAUUGAAAUCUGUCCAGGUUGCUACGGCAUACCGGUGGGAUGUGUAUCACACAUGGGAUGCUAGGAGGAUCACUAACACUUUAUUCUCUAGUCUCCUACUGCUGUUGAUGUAGUGAAGGGCUAGUCAUUGUGCUCAAGUUUGUAGCAUUCCCUCACAUUACUGCUCUAGUGUUCUGUUAUGGAUCUUAGUAUAUUAUAACAGAUAUUAUCCACUUAACACCAUUUCUUUUUUGACUUGAAUAUUUGUGAUGUUUGCAUUAAUGCUUUGCGUCGGUAUUUAUUUUUCAAUUAAUGCUUCCUAGCACUUUAAGUGUUCAGGAAACUCCUCGUGUUUAUUCAUACUCAGCGCCUCCAGCUACAGUGAACUGAAUUUGUAGAUAUUUUUAGUUUUAUUCUAGGCCUCUUCUCCAGAAACAAAGCAACAGAUUUUAACCCAAAGUGGAAUGAGCAAAAUUCCUAAUUGGUUGUUUUUGUAGCUUAAGUCUUGGUUAACAUUUCUUAAAAUUGUUGUUCUUUUCUGUAUCUGAUGUUCUGUGUGCUAUUAGUGAUGCAGCCAUUGGGGUUGUCUUGUGUUGCACACCUUUCCAACACUGCGAAACGAUCGCCCCACGGAAAACCGCCCAUGCUUGAUAUCGUAUGGUUCAUGACCAAUAUGUUUCCAGUACAGGGAAAAUACCAGAGGAGGCCAAGGCCUUGUCACUUUUGGCACCUGCCACCCCAGUGCCCAGUCUGAUUCCUGGUGGGGGACUGCUGCCAAUUCCAGCCCCAACUCCACUUCAGAAUCUGAACUUACCCAUUGUAAACCGGAUAUCAGCUAGCCUGGACCCUAUGGCGGUGAACUCCCAGCCCCCACUCAUGGGGAACGUCGACCCCUCAAAAAUUGAUGAGAUCAGGAGGACUGUUUAUGUUGGCAACUUGAACUCACAGACCACCACUGCAGAACAGCUGUUGGAGUUCUUCAAGCAGGUGGGAGAUGUGAAGUUUGUGCGAAUGGCAGGAGAUGAGACUCAGCCGACCCGUUUUGCCUUCGUUGAGUUUGUCGAGCAGGAUUCUGUUGCUAGAGCCCUGACCUUCAACGGAGUCAUGUUUGGAGACAGACCACUAAAGGUUAAUCAUUCCAAUAACGCAAUAGUGAAGCCUCCAGAGUUGACACCACAGGCUGCUGCGAAGGAGCUGGAAAAUGUGAUGAAGAGGGUGAGAGAGGCCCAGUCUACAAUCGCUGCUGCUAUAGAGCCAGUAGAAACAAAAAAGCGUUCCUCCAGUCGGUCCAGAAGGUCCCGCCGGUCCCGCUCUCGGUCCCAUUCCCGUUCACACUCAAGAACACGAAGGAAAGGGUCUCGUUCAAGACACAGCAAACCAUCUCAGAGGUCAUGGCCAAAUAGUGACUCCCACAGUUCCCGAAGCAGCCACAGGAGGCGCUCUCGCUCCAGAGACAGAAGACACAGCCGCAGUCGUUCGAGGGGCCACAAGAGGAGGAGCAAAGAGCGGUCCAGAAGUCCUCGAAGAAGACCUAAAUCGCCCUCACCAAAAAGAAGCAAGAAAGAUAAGAGGAGGGAGCGGAGCCGAGACAGAAAGGACCAUGCCACAUCCAGGAGAAACCGCAAAGACGAGGACAGGAUAAAGAACAAGGCCAAGCCAAUGAAGGUGGGAAGGGACUAUGACAGGGAAGAAAAGGGAGAUGAAAGUGACAGAGAAGGCUCAGCCACACCCAACGAGGACAUAAUGUCAUCACCAUGCGUCCAGCACAACGGCAGCUACAAGACUCACAAUGAGGAUGAUGCAUCUGUGGGUGUUCACAACGCACAGUGACUUACAUGGAAAAAAACUGUGCGUAUGCAUAUAUUAACACCGUAUUAACACUUACAACAGUGUAUCUUAUCCAUCAUCUCAGCCCUCUGAUUUUUUUUUUCUUACUGUCCUCUCAACAUAGAACACUCUUUAUCACAUGGAUCCUGUAGUUCAACUUCUUUUUCACUUAUAGCUCACCUGAAGGACAAGUGAGCACUUGGUACAGCAGUGAUAGUUCACAUUGAGGACUGGUGUAAAUAAUGUGAGGACAUUGGGACUUCUUGGGUGUUCCACACACUAAUACAACACAAACACUAGAGACUCAGAAAAAUGAAAGCUGAGCUGAACAGAAGUCCUGGCUUUUCCAUAAUAUGCUAAAAAAAACCCAGCAGGAUGUUGAAUCGACAAAAUAUUUUACACAAAAAUGUAUAAUAAGGUAAUGAAACAUGCACGUUGGCAAUUACAUAAGUAUAUAUUAAAAUAUUUCUUUGUGGCUCUAAUCUCAACACAUCAUCUGCUUUAAUAACCACAGAAAAAACGUCCCCAGCUCAUCCAUCUGGAUCUUGAAUGUAUUUUUAAAUGACUAAAACAUGAAAACUUGGUUCAGUAUCCAAUACCAAAAUAUAUAUAAAUAUAUACAGUAAUAAUAAUGUAUUGUAGAUGGUUUUUAAGCAUUAAAAAAAAAAGAUCUUUGCUGUUUUAUUGCAAAUGUCAAUAUCCUGCAACAGUAAUACACCACUUAUACUUUUACUUUUACUCACAGCUAAAGUAAAUGUAUAACAUCAUACCAUUAGUUUAGUUCCUCUUUUAUUGGAAGAACAGUGUUUUUUUUUUCCACAUUUGACAUUUGCACUACAUAAGUGUGGGACUUUUUCCUAUUUAAAAAUGUGAAAUACUUUGACAAAUCCUGAAAAUACAGACUGUCAGAGGUGAAAUAACUCCACUUUUUGAACAGAGAAAUUAUGAAAAAACCUCUUGCCAUUUUGAGUGGCGAGUCUCUGCUGCUGCUUUUAAAUCCAUCCACAUAGACGUCCCACUGGUGCACAAAAAUGACUAUUCUUGGCAGGUUUGCAUUUGAUUUCCCACCAUAACAGUGGAUGUGUUAGAAGAUGCUAAUUAAAUACCAGCCUACCAGUUUAAGCAGCCGUACUUAUUUACACAGCAGCUGAAAUGUCCUUAAAAAGCAGCACUAUUCAUGUAGGUAAUCAUGUGACAUACUGAGGUUAAAGAAUUAAAUAACCUUUACACCCCCAGCUGCCAUCUUCAGCUUUUAAAAUGGUGCAUUUCUGUACAUAAAGAACUGAAGAACGUCCUCUGUAUCGACUGCUCGUUGGUCCUUUGUGUGAUGCUGAAGGAAGGUGUGAACUAUCGAUCCUUCACCUCCUGUUUGACACUAACUCUCCAUCUGGAAACCAGUGUUUCCUUCACAUUAUACAGUGUUGAUUUUGUGACUUGAAGUGCUGUAAUUGUAAGAAUGCAGGUUCGUAUUAAACCGUUUCUGUUAACCGAGUGCUGAAAUACUGUAAAAAGAAAAA